AUGGCCUCUGCCGCGAAGAACUUUCCGAUUGUCGAGACGGACGGCGAAAAGUAUGUCAUAUUCACGGACAAAUCGAUCGGAAGAGGGGCCUACUCGGAGGUUUAUGAGGGACGGACGGCUCCCGGCAGGCUCGUGGCAAUCAAAACUGCUUGCAAACGGGCAGAGAUACAGGCGAUGAGGAUUGAAGUCGAGAUACUUCGGAAGCUACGAGGAUCCCCGAACAUCGUGCAAUACAUCGGAAGUGUGAACGAGAGAAUGGCUCCCGGAUCAGUUCCCGCCGAGACGUUCUCGUUCGCAAUGGAAUACGCACGAAGUAGUUUGGAAGCAGAGAUGAGGAGACCAGAAAACCUGAAAGGAUUGCCUGCUGACGUGCUCAUCGACCUGGUUGUUGAUUGCUGUGAGAAAUAAUCUAUUAUCAAAGUUUAAUCUGUUUAUUUUUCCAGCAUUGGCGCUCUCGGCUCUUCAUCGGAACAAUAUAGCUCACAGAGAUAUCAAGCACAUGAACAUCCUUUUGUUCCCAGGAUCUCCUACUCACGGGAGACGAUCUUGCCAUCUUUUCAAACUCUGCGAUAUGGGAUGCAGCAAGGCUCUGUUGGAGGAGAGUUCAAAUGAAAUGCGAACACUUGUUGGAACUCCCAAUCUGCUGGUCAGCUUGGAAAUAUAACCUCUCCGCAAUUUUUGUAUUUGCAGCACCCGUAUCUUGCCAAAGAAAUGGUAGACCCGCAAAUGGAUCAGAACCUUCACGACUGGAGAACGAAGAAAGCGUACACUCCGGAGCAAUGCGAUCUUUGGUCUCUCGGAUGCACUCUCUACUUUUGCGCAACUGGAAAAUUCCCAUUCGAUCACGAAAGGAACAACAAACGACUGUACUACAACGCCGUAAACGCUCUCACUCAGAACCCCGAUGCAAUCGGAAUGACUCCAGUGACCAAAGGAAGAGAUUCGGGCAGAAAUGAGAUGAUCAUCGAGUUCGAGCCGGUCACCGAGCUGCCAGCCAAGUACACACGAUAUCCAAGAUGGCUUGUGUGCACACUGACGUGUAUUAUCCGACAGUUCUUCCACAAUCCUUCAAUCGAAGAUUAUGCGAAAGUGGCGAAUGCAAUGCGAACUGCCAGAAGACGGACGUUCCUCUCUGUGGACCAGCUGAGUGUCAUCGACCAUACGGACAUGUCCAAUGUUUCUUACGUGGGAUUCUGCGUUCCUACUCUCUCGGUUUGUUUGGGUUAUCCGGAAGGAACCAAUCUGCGACUCAUUUCGAAUACAUCCACGCAGUAUAUCGACUCGAAACUGAAAUCUCUGGAAUGCUUGCACGAUGAUAUUUACCUGGUCGAUCCACAAGUGAGCAUGGUGAAUGUGAGGAAAAUAAUGGCAAGAAACACGGAUUAUCAGGAGUUCGAGGAUAUGAUCGAUCGGAAAUUGGUAGAAAUUCGUUCCAAGAAAUGCUAUGAUGGGCUGACUAUGCUAACGGAAACAGACGAAUACUGUGAACUGUUCGAGCGGACUUCCAAGAUUCUGACGACACAGUUCAACCUGUUAGUCGACGAGCUGAGCCAUUUCGAACGCGUUCAGACUACUUCCCGUUUCGCUGUGUACAUCGACAUGGCGUCUGUUCCGAUGAUUCUGUUCGACGGGUCGAAUCCGGGAACGAAGAACAUUUCGGAGAAGUGCAUUCAACAAGCAAAACAAGCGAGGGAAGAAUUGGAAAGGCAUGCAAGGAUGACCAUGAAUAUUGAGCAAACGGCGAAGCAAUUGGCGAGGGAUUCGAAGGAACUUCAGCUCGACGACGUCGAUUUGCCGGGGAUUCGACUGGAACUUGAAUCCUAUCUCUUCUAUAGAAAGACCGACAUUUUGGCAACGCGCGAAUAUUCUCAGUCCUUAGUCUUGAAAUGUCUGAAACGAAGAAACCACGUAAUGGAGCAGAUAUUCAAGUCGCCAGAUGGUAUCAGGAAGAGCAAGUUGAAGCAUGCGAUGGACUUGGCAGCAUCUCUUAAUCAACUACGAUCCGACUACCACAAGUUGCAGAACACCAUUUCGGAGUGCGUCGAUUUGCUUGAAAGGCCAUUCCAAGAGAUGAAGGAAAUUGUGAAUCGACAUCUGCAAGAACAGGGACAUUCUCGGAACUCAAUGGAGCGUUCCAUGCGGUUCCUGGCGCCAGAGUUCCGUGAGGAUCAGAAGCGAGUGAAGGCGGUGACACGGUCCAGCAAAGAACUCGUGCAUCAAUUGAAUCGAGAACUCGAAGAUUCAAUCAAGCAGUUAGGUUUCGUCCGAAUUGGUGACACUCUGAUGAAGGCGGAAUCAGAAGAACGGACAUUAGUGCGACCCGAGGAGGAGGCGCAGACAGGCAGAGUGAGUACUUAGAAUGUCCGUAAUUACUGAUAAACACUCGAUAAUUUCGGAAAGUAAUCCGAUUUUCGUAAGGCAUUACUAAUUAAUCCGUUUUUCUAUAUCGCUAGUUUUGUGUUUUCAGAAAAGUUUGCGUCCAACACCUUUCACUGAAGCAUGUUGUGCAUCGGGAUCAGUUAACCAGUCGCCGAACUCACCGAAGUCCGCGGAUACGAGCGUGUACGUGUCCUUUUCACAUUGCAAUUUCAGCUAGUUAGCGCGAGUAUAUCUAGUUUCCUUUCGCUUUCAGCAGUUUAUACUUCUGGCUUCCGCUUUAAUGCACUUAUCACUUUUUUCAUCCCUGGUUUUCAGUAUUAAGAUAAUGAAAAUAAGAAAGACGCGCAGAGAAAACGGAAACGAAAGCGUCGUCGUUUGUCGAGUUUGUGAGCAAGAAAAGAGAAGAAAAUCCUCCGGCAAAAGGCACUGAUUCCCCCCUUCUCCGCACUCAAACUUGUUCCGUCUGUUGUGAUGAAUAUCGGUUGAUGAAGUAGUGAAAAAUUUUCAGAACAACCACUGAGGAGAGUGAUACGUCUCAGCUGACCUACUCCAGUUCCGAGAUCAGCACUGCCUCUGUCGAGUCGACGCCGCCAUCGUCGCCUCCGAAAGACGGGACAACCUAUCUGCAAGUAAGUUCCGCUUUCCUUUUGUUUUCGGCCAAGGCCCCGCCUCCAUUGUGUGCCCGUCCCUCUCACUCGACCACUUUGCAGGCCGUCAUGCAGUAUUUCAAGCCGUCGUCCGAAAUGUAA